CUGGAUUGCAUACCUAACAUAACCUCAAAUUGAUCUUGUAAAUAAAACUUUUAAAUAGUGAGAAAAACGGCAAAUAACGAUAAAAAUGUAAUGUAAAAAUUAUGUUUACAAGAAAAGAAGUUUUAGAACGUAAAACUGGUGAAGACGGUAUUGGAAGAUACGAUUUUUUGAAGCAAUUAAUAAAUGAAUUUGCAACAACAAAAUCAUUUUUAGAAUCUAAAAAGCAGACCUUAGCAAAUUUGUCAAAUUUUGCCUAUGAUCCUAUAAAUUUUGUAUUUUUUAAACAACUUCAUAUCCUUGACCUAUUUUUGGCUCAAUUAUCGGAAAAUAGUGAAGAUUUAAUAAACUUUUCUUUGGCUGGACUGUGUAAUUUAGCUUCAGAUCCGGAAAAUAAAGAAUACAUUAUUUCUUUGAACGGAGUUUACCUUAUAUCUCAAUAUUUAAGUCAUCAAAACAUAGAAAUCAAACUAAACAGUUUGACAACACUUUAUUAUAUCCUCGAAACACAACCACAUCUAGUCACCCAGGACAUUUUAAACGAAUCAGAAUCCUUUAAAUCAAGUGAUGAUCCUAGGUUGUCAAAUUUGGGGACAGUUUUUUUGGAGAAAUACAAACAUGAGGUUUCUUACAGUAGUCAGGGGGUUUAGUGAAAUUGCUUUGAAGGAUUUUAAAGUUGGUAGUAAGGUUUUUGCCACUAGGAAAAUCACUAGGAAGGAUUUGGAGGAUUUUGCAAGGAUAAGUGGGGAUUUUAAUACUGUGCAUAUGAAUGAGGGGGUUGUUCAUGGGGCUUUUUUGAACUCCAUAGUUUCAGGUGUAAUAGGGACUAAACUUCCAGGACCAGGCUGCCUAGUGGUCCAACAAACACUAAAUUUCCCCAAAAAAUGUUUCAUAAAUGAAGAAAUAAAAGUAACAGUAGAAUUGGAAGAAAUAAGAAAAAUAUGGAAAGUUAGCUUUAACUGUAAAGUCGAGGACAAAACUGUGUUAUUUGGAGAUGCCAAAUUAGUUUUUAUUAAAUAAAAAAA